UGAGUAAGCAGCUACUAAAACUGACCAGCACAGGGUUAAACCUAGUUGCUGUCGCCACCGCUCCUCCUCCCAGUCCCCCUUUUCACUGUAGGCUGGCAACUGUCCUAACUGCCUACUGAAGCCAAAUGCUUGAGGAGAAAGAGAGUAAGAAGCCAGCCAUGAAUCCUUUCCAGAAAAAUGAGUCCAAGGAGACUCUUUUUUCACCUGUUUGCACUGAAGAGGUACCGCCUAGACCUCCCAGCCCUCCUAAGCAGUCACCUCCGCUGUUGUGGGAAGAAGAGCGGGUCUAGGAUCAAAGGAUGUCUGAGCAGUUCCCGCUUAAAUGAAGAACAAAGUAAUAUUCAGAAAAUCUGUGGCUCCAGUUAUCCAUUGAGCAUUGCCUUCAUUGUGGUGAAUGAAUUCUGUGAGCGUUUUUCCUACUAUGGCAUGAAAGCUGUGCUGACCCUGUAUUUCCUGUAUUUCCUGCACUGGAGUGAAGACACCUCCACGUCUGUAUAUCAUGCAUUCAGCAGCCUCUGUUAUUUCACUCCCAUCCUGGGAGCAGCUAUUGCCGACUCAUGGUUGGGAAAAUUCAAGACAAUCAUCUAUCUCUCCCUGGUGUAUGUGCUCGGCCACGUGUUAAAGUCCUUGGGUGCAAUUCCAAUACUAGGGGGAAAAAUGGCACACACAAUCCUGUCAUUGAUUGGCCUGAGUCUAAUAGCUCUGGGGACAGGAGGUAUCAAACCGUGUGUAGCAGCUUUUGGUGGAGACCAGUUUGAAGAAAAACAUGCAGAGGAACGAACUAGAUACUUCUCAGUCUUCUACCUCUCCAUCAAUGCGGGAAGUUUGAUUUCUACAUUUAUCACACCCAUGCUGAGAGGAGAUGUGCAGUGUUUUGGGGAAGACUGCUAUGCACUGGCUUUUGGAGUUCCAGGAUUGCUCAUGGUAAUAGCGCUUGUUGUGUUUGCAAUGGGAAGCAAAAUGUACAAGAAACCACCUCCUGAAGGAAACGUAGUGGCUCAAGUUAUCAAAUGUGUUGGGUUUGCCAUUUCCAACCGCUUCAAGAACCGUUCUCAGAACAUUCCAAGGCGCCCGCACUGGCUGGACUGGGCAGCAGAGAAAUACCCGAAGCAUCUCAUUAUGGAUGUGAAGGCACUGACCAGGAUACUGUUCCUCUACAUCCCAUUGCCCAUGUUCUGGGCCCUUUUGGAUCAGCAGGGCUCCCGAUGGACCCUACAAGCCACUAAGAUGAAUGGGGAUUUGGGUUUUUUUGUGCUUCAGCCUGACCAGAUGCAGGUGCUAAAUCCUUUUCUGGUUCUUAUCUUCAUCCCAUUGUUUGACCUUGUCAUUUAUCGGCUGAUCGCCAAAUGUGGAAUCAAGUUCUCCUCACUUAGGAAGAUGGCUGUUGGUAUGAUUCUAGCAUGCCUGGCAUUUGCAGUUGCAGCUAUUGUGGAGAUAAAAAUAAAUGGAAUGGCCCCACCUCAGCCAGGGUCCCAAGAAAUUUUCCUACAAGUUUUAAACUUGGCAGAUGACGAGGUGAAAGUGACAGUGCUGGGGCAUGGAAAUAAUUCUCUAUUGGCAGAGCCCAUCAAAUCUUUUCAGAAACCAACACACUAUUUCAAACUGCACCUGAAUUCAAAAAGCCAGGAUUUCCAUUUCCAUCUGAAGUACCACAAUCUAUCUGUCCACACUGAACAUUCUGUAGUGGAGAAUAACUGGUACACUGUGAUCCUCCAUGCAGAUGGGAAAAAUAUCUCCAGCAUAAUGGUAAAGGAUGUAGAAAACAAAACAAUCAAUGGAAUGACAGCUGUCAGGUUUAUUAACACUUUGCACAAAGAUGUGACCAUCUCCCUGGGUACAGAUGGCCCCAUCACUGUUGAUAAAGACUAUGGUGUGUCUGCUUACAGGACCAUCCCAAGAGGAGAGUAUUCUGCAGUGCCUUGUAAAACAGAAGACAAGGACUUUUCUCUGAAUCUGGGUCUACUAGACUUUGGUGCAUCCUAUCUGCUUGUUAUUACUAAUGUCAGCAACAAAGGCCUUCAGGCCUGGAAGAGAGAAGACAUUCUUGCCAAUCAAAUGUCCAUUGCAUGGCAGCUACCACAGUAUGCCCUGGUUACAGCUGCAGAGGUCAUGUUCUCUGUCACAGGACUUGAGUUUUCUUAUUCUCAGGCUCCAUCUAGCAUGAAAUCUGUACUCCAAGCAGCCUGGUUGCUGACAGUUGCGUUUGGGAAUAUCAUCGUGCUUGUUGUUGCACAGUUCAGUGGCCUGGUACAGUGGGCUGAAUUCAUUUUGUUUUCCUGCCUUCUACUGGUGGUCUGCCUGAUCUUCUCCAUCAUGAGCUACUACUAUGUUCCUAUAAAUUCAGAGGAGAUUCAUGGGCCAGAAAAUAAACAUCAUCUUCAUAUGCAAGGGAAAAUGGUCAACCUAGAAACCAAGAAUACAAAGCUCUGAUGAUCCCCUGCACUGAUUCAGUUCCUGGCCAUGGUGUUGAGCAUAUCUUAACUGCAAGCAUUUGUUUCUCCUAGUAGACUAGCAGAGAAAGUUAGCAUCAUAUCUGAGCUGAUCUCCCCACCUUUCUUAUAUGAGAGAGGUAAUUUUAGGGCUGUGGUUUCCAGUUCAUCUUUAAACAAGACACAUACACUAGGUGUCUUCCCAUUUAUUAGCAAACUCAGUAAAUCCUGUAUAGUGUAGUUCAAGCUGGCCUGGUGUCUCAAAUGGCCACAAAACCGCAAAUGUCUACUUAAGAUAAAUCUUUGUGGGUAUGCAGAAUUAUGCACGAUUCCUUCACAGGUCCUUGCUAUUUAAAACUGAAAAUCCCACCUUUUGGGGUACUGGUUUAGGGGCAACAGUGGAAAAUAAAAACAUGGUAUUUCAAGUGCUUUAUUGGCACUAUAAUUGUGCUAUUCACAAGAACCUCAAAGAUGGUGUGUAUGGUAGAGCUGGCUUGGGAGCUGGCUUGUCAGCUCUCCAUGUUUGAUAGAGUCUUUUAUGGCAGGAACAAAAUGCUAUUUUAUUAAUAUAUGUAUAUAAUACAUAUAUACAUAUGUAUCUGAUUGCUGUAGCAUUAAAUAUCUCAGUGAAACACUCCUUUCUCAGUACUAACAGGUCUUAGAAACCAUAGUAAAGAUAGUAAAUAUUAGUAAAUAUAGUCCUGGAGAACAAGAGUAUUAAUAAAGUGUAGAAAUCCUGAUCAGCCAUUCUUUCUCCUACAGUGAACAUUCUUCCUAGAAUUAUGAUGUUCCAGCCAUGGACUAUAUCCUUCAGUAGAUAGCUGUAUGAAGAAUAACUAUAAUUUUGCAACUGAAUCUUUUCAGCAUUGUGGAGACAGAUUUUUCUGAUUAUAUCUUGUUUUGAUUAUUGAAACAAAUCAUUAAUAACAUUAUUUUUAUAAAUGCAACUUCCUUUUAUAAUCUUUCCACUUAGCCUCAAAGUAGUAACUUUGUUUUGAUGUUUUUCCUGGUUUCCUUUUCCCACAAUUUUAAAAUAUCAUUUCUUCUUUUAGUCUUGCAAAUUUUCUGUCCAUCCAAAAAAGGCUAAUGUUAAUGCCUGGGUUUGAAGUUGUAAGUGGUGAUACUCAAUGAAAGGGCAUGGCCUUCAGGAGGAUCUUAUCAAAAUCUGUGUGUGGUAGGAGUAGAGCAUGAGAGGGUUUUGCUUCUGCAUGUAUGAAUGAAAAAAGAUGAGAAAUCUUACCUUGCCCACAGUGAAUGAAUCAGGGCACAGAUCUGGGAAAUGUUAUGACAGUGUACUAUGUCACCAGUGGAAAAAGUUCAGAAUCCCUGUACUAUAAAGCUUUGCUUCUGUGCUUUUUAUUCCAGUCUCAUCUAAAACAGUGUUGGUCUCACAGUGUCAAUAAGGUAACAAGUAAGCGAAUUGAUUCUUGAUUCCUGUAAUAGUUCCUCACAAGGCAAAGCUCUAUCCUUUCACCAUACUGGUUUCUCUGUUCUAAGUAAUACUCUUUACCUGAAAUGCGGCAGUCAAGAUUAAGGUAUCUUAAUAUGUGAUACCUGGAGCCAAAUGCAACAUUCUAGAAGUUGUCUGACUGGAAGAACUAGUACGGGCCAUUCUCUAUUUCCCUAAGCUUUGUAUCAUUCAAUUUUAAUGAUCAAGAUUUCAGAAGAACAGAAGAACCAAGGACACCAUCCAGCUUUCUAGACAUAUUGAUAUAAACCUGUCUGUACUUCUUUAGAAAACAAUCUGUUCAUUUCUAACCAUCUUAACCCAAACUCUUUUAUAAUUUUGCUUCAACAGAUGUUAAUAUUGUUCUGUGAAUAAAAGUCUCAAUAGACAAAUACAUUUGGGAAAAGAGGCAUAUUAUCAUCUUCACAAUAUUUGCAUAUUAAAGAUUCUGAGAUAUCCUGGAUUAAAGGCACUUUGUUUUAAAUA